AUGAAUUAAUAGGCAGAAAAACUACGUCUUUAUGCCCAAGAAAAUGUGGUGUUUCUACUCUAGAAAUUGAUGGAGGACAUUCUAGCCCAACAGCCAAAAAAUGUGAUUGAUUGGUCAAUUGCUUGGUUAGAUAAAAAGGGAAGGGAUAUUGUUAAAUCCAGAUAGAAAUAAAAUGCACAUUCCUCUUCCUCUGAUGACGAAGUUAUAGAAUUGCCUAAAAGACCUGUUGCUGCUAGGAAAUAAAGAGCUUCUAUUUCAGCUGAAGCAUACGGAUAAUACAAUAGAAAGGAGUCAUUUUAACCUAGAGUGAUUGUCAAGACUCAAUAAUAGAAGGAAAAAAUAGGUAAAAGAUUGGAGCAAUCAUUCAUGUUUGCAUCACUCGAUUAGAAAGAAAAAGAUAUUGUAAUUGAUGCAAUGGAAGAACGUAGUUAUAAUGCAGAGGACUGGGUCAUCAAAUAAGGAGACAAUGGGGAUAAUUUAUACGUUGUAGAUUAAGGGGAGUUGAAUUGUUAUAAGAGAUUUACAAAAGAUGGGGAAAACAAAUUUUUAAAAGUUUACUAUCCUGGAGAAUCAUUUGGAGAGUUAGCCUUAUUGUACAAUGCACCACGAGCUGCCUCAAUUCCAGGGUAAAACUAAUUCUGUCUUGUUUGCAUUAGACAGAUAAACAUUUAAUCACAUUGUUAAGGAUGCAGCAAUGAAAAAGAGGGAGAAAUAUGUAAAUGUCCUUAAGUAGAUUGAAUUGCUUUCAA